CUCUCUCGUCGUGAUUUAGGGUUUUUCUUCUUCUUGUCCACCGAAGCUUGAGGGAGAGAGAGAAUUGAAACGUCGGGAGCAAUGGCGAGCACCAAAGUUCAAAGGAUUAUGACCCAACCUAUCGUGCGUGGAUCUUCUCUGUUAUUGUUUCGACCUAAUUUUUCCUUUUGUUUUUUUUGCCGGCGGCGGAUCCAGAACUUGAUUUUUAGGUUUCUUCAAAGCAAAGCUAGGAUCCAGAUUUGGCUUUUUGAGCAGAAAGAUUUGAGGAUUGAAGGAAGAAUCACUGGGUUUGACGAAUACAUGAACCUAGUGUUGGAUGAAGCUGAAGAAGUGAGCAUCAAGAAGAACACCAGAAAACAACUUGGAAGGAUUCUUCUUAAAGGAGACAACAUAACGCUGAUGAUGAACACGGGAAAGUGAUGACUAUUCUCUCAAGAAAAACUCUCAAGGAUUAGUACAUGGGCUUUUCGAUUAUAUCCAAAGCUUUUGCCAAGUAUAUGUUGAGUUGAGCUCCUCUUCUUCUUCAGUUAACUGACAAUGCCUUCUUCUCUUCGUUAUCGUGUAAUAUUGCAAUUUAGUAAGUUAGUAGCAAGGUUUGAGAAAUUAUGGAGUUUGGUGGAAUCUUAAGGAUGGUAUUGCCUCUUUUUGGUUAAUGGAAAUUACUAUUUUCGGGAAGAUUGAAA